ACCCCCCUGGCUUGUUGCAGAGGAGGAGCGGGCGCCAUGGCGGUUCUGCUGGAGACCACUUUGGGCGACGUCGUCAUCGACUUGUACACAGAGGAGCGGCCGCGCGCUUGCUUGAAUUUCCUGAAGUUGUGCAAAAUAAAAUAUUACAAUUAUUGCCUUAUUCACAAUGUACAGAGGGAUUUUAUCAUACAGACUGGUGAUCCUACAGGGACUGGCCGUGGAGGGGAGUCAGUUUUUGGUCAACUGUAUGGUGAUCAAGCAAGCUUUUUUGAGGCUGAAAAAGUGCCAAGAAUUAAGCACAAGAAGAAAGGCACUGUGUCCAUGGUGAACAAUGGCAGUGAUCAGCAUGGAUCUCAGUUUCUUAUUACAACAGGAGAUAAUCUAGAUUACCUUGAUGGUGUUCAUACAGUGUUUGGUGAGGUGACAGAAGGCAUGGACAUAAUUAAGAAAAUUAAUGAGACCUUUGUUGAUAAGGACUUUGUACCAUAUCAAGAUAUCAGGAUAAAUCAUACGGUGAUUUUAGAUGAUCCAUUUGAUGAUCCUCCUGAUUUAUUAAUUCCUGAUCGAUCACCAGAACCUACAAGGGAACAACUAGAUAGUGGUCGAAUAGGAGCAGAUGAAGAAAUUGAUGAUUUCAAAGGAAGAUCGGCUGAAGAAGUAGAAGAAAUAAAGGCAGAAAAAGAGGCCAAAACUCAAGCUAUUCUAUUAGAAAUGGUGGGAGACCUACCUGAUGCGGAUAUUAAACCUCCAGAAAAUGUGCUGUUUGUGUGUAAAUUGAAUCCAGUGACCACAGAUGAAGAUCUGGAGAUAAUAUUCUCAAGAUUUGGGCCAAUAAGAAGUUGUGAAGUUAUCCGGGAUUGGAAGACUGGAGAAUCCCUGUGUUAUGCUUUUAUUGAAUUUGAAAAAGAAGAAGAUUGUGAGAAAGCAUUCUUCAAAAUGGACAAUGUACUUAUAGAUGACAGAAGAAUACACGUGGACUUUAGCCAGUCUGUUGCAAAGGUUAAAUGGAAAGGAAAAGGUGGGAAGUACACCAAGAGUGAUUUCAAGGAGUAUGAAAAGGAACAAGAUAAACCAUCUAAUUUGGUUCUGAAAGAUAAAGUAAAGCCCAAACAGGAUCCAAAAUAUGAUCUUGUACUAGAUGAGCAGGCAGAAGACUCAAAGUCAAGUCACUCACACACAAGUAAAAAACACAAGAAGAAAACUCGCCACUGCUCUGAAGAAAAAGAAGAUGAGGACUACAUGCCAAUCAAAAAUACAAAUCAGGAUAUCUACAGGGAAAUGGGCUUUGGUCACUAUGAAGAAGAAGAAAGUUGUUGGGAGAAGCAAAAGAGUGAAAAGAGAGACCGACCUCAAAGACGAAGUCGUAGCCGAUCUCGAGAAAGGGAUGGCCACUAUAGUAAUAGCCACAAAUCCAAAUACCAGACAGAUCCCUAUGAAAAAGAAAGGAGUAAAAAGAGAGACCGAAGCAGGAGUCCCAAGAAAUCCAAAGAUAAAGAAAAGUCUAAGUACAGAUGAAAGUUGAAGAAUUAGACACGAGUGGCUAACACAUUUACUCUUGUAUAACUUUGAGUACCAGACGUUCAGAUUUUCUGUCAAAGCAGAUAAAGACUCUGCCUGUUAUUUUUGUUUCACAGUAGGAUUAUGGCCCUUUUAGAUGAAUACUGAUUGUAUAGGGCACUGAAAGACAAUAAAGAAUUGAACAUUUUCUUUGUAUACUUUUUUACACUAAUUUUGUUAUACGUAAAUAGUAGUCUUCAUUUUUAAAAUUUUUCAUAUUUUUCAGUCUUUAUUUUUAAUGAAGUAUUUCAUACCUACAAAAAUACACAUAUGUGUAUAUAUAAAUAAAUAUAUAUCUGCCGUGUACCUAUUGGCCAGCUUAGGCCAGCUUAUUACUGGCAUUUUAAAAGUGCCCUCUCCUUCUCAAAUAAUUAUUAUUCUGAAUUUUGUGUUUGUCAUUCUCUUGGUUAUUAUUAUAGUUUUACAACAUAUGUAUGUAUCCUUAAAUGAAAUGUUAAGUUUUGUGUUUUUGAAUUUUAUAUAAAUGAUGUAUGUUUACUUCUGUUACUUGCUUUUUUCAGCUUAGUUUUUUGAAAGGCAUUCACUUUUAUUGGUAUAUUGUAUUAUAUAAAUAGACCAUAAUUUAUCCAUUCUUCUGUAGAUGGAUGUUUGGGGUUUUUGUUUUUGCUAUUGCAAACAAUGCUGCUAUGAUCAUUCUUUAUCUAAGAGUGAUUUGCUUGGUCAUGUGAUAUGGACACCUUCAUCUUUAUAAGAUAAUACCAAGUUAUAUUCUGCAGUGGCUGUACCAAUCAUAUCCCUACCAGCACUGUGUGAAUUACCUUUGUUUUACAGCAUUUCUGACACUUCGCAAUUUCAGACUUUUUAAUUUUGCCAAUCCAGUGGCUGUGAAGUGGUAUAUUAUUGUAGUUUCCAGCAAGAAGACUACUGUUAUUCUUACAUUUGUUCUUCUGUAUGAAACUUUUUGUUGUCGUUGUUCUUUUUUGUGGUUGCUUUUAAAGUUUUGCUUGAUCACUGUGUUAAGCACUUUGAUUAUGAUGUGCUUGGUGUCUUUUUUUUUCUUUGUUUUUUUGUUUUUUUUUUCUUUUCCCCCUUCAUGUUUCUUCUGCUGAGGCUGUUUCCUGUAGAUUUAUGGUUUUCAUCAAAUUUGGAACUUGGGGGGGCUUUUUCAUUUAUUUUUUUUUUGUCUCCUUCAUUUAUUUCCUUCCAGCACUCUAAUUGUAUGUAAGGCCACUUGAAACUGUCUCACAGCACUCUGACACUCUGUUUUGUUUUAUUUUUUCUUUCUUUUUUUUUUCUUUCUCUGUGUUCCAGAUUGGUUUCCAUUGCUAUGUCCUCAUGUUCAUUAAUCUUUUCUCCUGAAGUAUCUGAUCUCUUGUUAAUUCUGUCUAGUGUAUUUUUCACCUCAUACAUUACAUUUUUAAUCUUUAGAAGUUCCAUUUGGGUCUUCUUUAUAUCUUCCAUGUCUCUCCUUCCAGGCUCCUGCUCUCUUCUAUUUUUUUGGAAAUCUGAUGUAUAUUUAUAAUUACUGUUUUAAUGUACUUGACCAUUCUGUCAUCUGUCAUUUCUUGUCUGUUUCUAAUGAUUGAUUUUCCCCCCUCAUUAUUGGGUUGUAAUUUCCUUCUUUGCAUGCCUGAUAAUUUUUGGAUUUUACAUUGUUGGGUGCUGGAGGUUUUUGUAUUCUUUUAAAUAUGUUGUGUUUUGUUCUAGGACGUAGUUAUUUAGAAACAGUUUGAUCCUUUCAUAGGUUGCUUUUACACUUAAUGAGAUAGGACCAGAACAGCCUUUAAUCUAGGGCUAAUUUGUCUCACUACUGAGAUGAUACCCUUCUGAAUAAUCUUCCUUAUGCCUGGUUUAUUAUGAGAUUUCUCCACUCUGGCUAUUGAGAACAGGAACUGUUCUGAGCCCUGUAUGAACUUGAAUUUUACAGCUUAUUCUUUUCUGGUGGUUCUUUCCCACCUUUGGGUAGUUUUCUCAAGUGCAUACACUGAUUAGCCGAAGCCUCAGGGGAACUCUCUGUAGAUCUGGAAUUCUCCCUCUGUAGCUCCCUCCUCUUUCCAAUACUCUGCCCUACAAAUUUUACCUUGGCUCCCCUAAAUGCUCUACCCAGGGAAACACCCAGGCUCUCCUUGCAGUAAGCUCAAGCAAUGGUAGGACUUUCCCUGUUUAUUCUCCUCUCAAGAGUCACUGUCCUGCACAGUUGCCCAUUGUCUGAACAACUUUGUUGUGUAUAUUUUGUACAGAUGUUUCGUUGUUUAAUAUGAGGAAGGGAAAUGUUGCCUCUGUUACUCCAUUUUGGCCAGAGUAGAAGUCUCAUUGUUUGAAUAUGCAUUUCCUAAAUGCUAACAAGGUUGAGCUUCUUUUCACAUAUAUCAUAUUCAUUCCUGAUUGCUCUCUGUGAAAAGCUUAUUUCAUGUUUUUUACCCAUUUUAUAUUAUGUUGUUGCCUUUUUCUUAUAUAUUUCUUUAAGAAGUUAAAAAAAAUAGAUUGUGGAUACUAGUCCAUUUAUACUGUCAUAUAUUGUACACAUUUUUCUCUCAGUUUGUGGUUAUUUUUUCACCUAUUGAUGCCCUUGGAAGAGCACAAGUUGUAAAUUCCCCCCUAACUUUUUAAUAUGAAAAGUUUCAUACAUGUGUAGAAAAACAUAAUGAAUAUCCAUAUAUAUAUUCCAUCCAGAUUAAACAGUACCAUUUUGUUGUUGAACAAUUUGAAAGUAAAUUGAAAACAUGAUAUUUCACCUUUCAGUAUUUCACCGUGCAUUUUCUAAAAAAGCAUGUCCUAUAUAAUCACAAUACUGUUACCACACUGAAAGAAAUUAAACAAUAAUCUCAUAAUAUGUAACAUAUAGUAUAUACUCAGAUUUCUCCCAUUGUCCCAAGGAUGUCAUAUUUAGAUGCUGGUUUGUUUUUAAAUCCGAACUCGACCAAGCUUCAUGCACUACAUGUAGUUUUUGUCAUUUUACUCUCAAUCUAAAAAUUCCCUAUCCAUCCAUCCACCCCAACCACCUUUUUUUUUUUUUAAUGACAUUGACUAUGAAGAGUUCAGGCCAGUUGCUUUGUAGAAUGUUCCACAUUCUGGAAUUAUUUGAUGGUAUCUUUAUGGUGUCCUCCAUCCUCUCUACUUUGUAUAAACUGUAAGUUGAGUCUAGAUGUUUGAUUAAAAUUAGGUUAUACAUUUUAGACAGAAAUUUUAAGUUUAAUGUCAAAUUUAUCAGCCUUUCCCUGUGUGUUUUGUGCUUUUUGUAUUUUGUUUAAGAAAUCCUUAAUAAAAAUAUUCUCCUAUA